AGAUUAUAUUUAAAUAUAACCUCAAUCUAAUGUUAUUUUCGAAUACAAAUAUUUUACUAUAACCUCGUGGAUACUCGCAAUUUAUAAAUUAAUUCUAUAUGUUAUAAAAUGGUUGAAAGUGAUAAUAAGGUGGAAAUAACAGUGAAUUAUAAAGGUGGAGGAUCUUUCGUUAAACUUCCUCCCCAAUUUUCUAAUGAUGGACAACUUAUUUUUAUGUCUUCCAAGGAAAGUGUAUUAGAAUACAACGCAAAUACAUCUAAAUUAGUACAUCAGUAUAAAUGCCCCGGCCGAAUAAUCGGAUUUAGUUACCACGUUUUUGAGAAUAAUUGUUAUAUCACAGCUUGUACCCGAGAUGGAAUAAUGACUACAUGGAAAACUGUUACUCGUUUUAAAAUUGCUGAAAAAAAGCUACCGCAGCAAAACAUCCGCACUUUCCAAGUUGUCCAACAAGAAAGUGAGGAUUUUAAAGCGAUAUAUUCUCAUAGCAAUGGCAAAAUCUUUCAUUUCACAUUGUGGAAUGGAGAACUUAACAAAUCAAAUAACUAUAAUUUAAUCUUGGAUAAAAAAUUUUUCAUUAAUGCCAAUAAAAACUUUUUUGCUGUAGCACAUGGAAAUCAAGUUUGUUUUAUUAAAUUGAAUGAUUUCAAAUCCGUUUUUAGGUCUUAUAUAAAUGACUCGCGUAAGUUAACGUGUAUAUCCGUUCAUCCAUCUGAAGAGCUGGUACUUACUGGCGACUCUACUGGUCGUGUUUUAGGAUGGUACAAUAUAUUCUCCGAUAGAGCAAAAAAUACAGUUUUUCAUUGGCACACAUUACCAGUUCAAACUGUUUCUUUCUCAAACACUGGUAGCUACUUUUACACCGGUGGAGGAGAGUCGGUGUUAGUUAAAUGGCAAUAUGAAAAUCAAAACGAUAGGAAAUUUGUACCUCGUAUUCCAGGAGAAAUAUGCCAGAUUGCAGUAGCUGCUAAUAAUUUGUACGUAGCUGUAUCUACAAAUGAUAACGCAGUUAGAAUUUUCAAUAAUACUUUGAAUCAAGUUGGUUUGAUUCAAAAUUUGGUACUGGCACAACAUUUCGACAGUGGCAUUGUUUACGAUACACGAACCAGGGCGCUUAUUAUGAAUGGCAAUCAAGGACACGUUCAGUUUUAUUCGCCAGAUGACUUGUCUCUACUUUACAGUGUUGAUAUUACAGGACAAAAUAAAAUUACGAACGAGCGGGAAACAACAAUGAUUAAUACCGAAAUAAAAAAAGUUACGAUUAGUAAAAGUGGACUUUGGUUUGCUACUGUAGAAGAAAGAAAUGACAAAGAAUAUAAUCAUGAAAUUAGACUGAAAUUUUGGCAAUUUGACGAAUUUAAGCAAGAAUUUCAUCUGAAUACCUCCGUGGAGUAUCCCCAUGAAGCUAGUAUUAACAGUAUGUUAUUUCAACCAAUACAAAAGGAUCGGGAAUUGAAAUGCGUUACAAUUGGUGAUGACAAUAAGUUCAAAAUAUGGCAAUUAAUUGAAUCUGAAAUAUUAUCCAGUACACAGUUAUCAUGGAAGUGUUUUGGAGUUGGUUUCUACAGGAACCUUUCGUGUAACGCUUUAUCUUUCUCAAUAGAUGGAUCCCUGUUUGCAACUGGCUUUGAGAAAAUAUUAACAGUUUGGACACCGGAUACUAGUUUACUUAAAUGCUCAUUAGUACAUCCUCUUCAUAAACAAAAUUUGAGAUAUGUACAAUUUGGACAUGGUAAUCUGUGUCAUUUAUUGGUAGCCGCUAGUAAUAAUCAAUUGAGCGUUUGGAAUAUUUUAACUCUUUCUAUGACUUGGACAGUUCCGAUUUCGGUGUCAUUUUUAAUUGCGGAUUCUCUAUCAACGCAUAUGGCUAUUAUCACCAAUGAUAAGAAAGUAUUUGUUUUUUCGCCAAACUCAAGUCAACCAGUAUACGUCAACAACGAAAUACUAAGGAAAUUUAAAUCUAUAAAAGCAUGCAGUUUUGUUCCAAGUAAAAAUAGCAACGACCUUAGGCUAAACUGGUACGAAAGGUCACAAUUGUAUUUUAUAACAUCAGAAAAUGAACUAUACUGUAUGUGUGAAUCAAGCUUGAUGUCUCAAACUGCAACAGACGAAUAUACAGAUAUACAAUCUGUUUUUAGUAUGAUACAACCAAAUAUUAAAUCCAGCUCCGUACAAAAAAUCACUGCACAAAAGCAUUUAUUUGAAAAAGACAAGGAACAUAGGACGCUCAAAACCUAUCUUGAAAGUCCUAUACAUACGUUGCCUCCGAUCAGAUUCUCUUGUUACUCUAUUAUAAAAUCAUUUGUUAUACAAGACGAUGCAGAUGAAGAAUAAAAUAUAUUUUUUAAUUACUUUUAAUUUUGUUCAUUCCCAAAUUUGUGUUGAUAUACAA